AUGUUAUGUCUAUUAACAAAAUUAAAUUGUGUUGGUGCUAUUACAGCUCGAGGAACACUCAUUCGAACAACAACAACACCACUGAAAUCAUUACGUCUUCCAUCAAUCCCAAAACGUUAUGAAUCCAUUUCUAUCAGUCAGCGUGCAUCAAAUCGUCAACAACAAGCAUUGAUCAGAGGUGGUUUGGCUGUGGUAGCCAUCGGUGGUGUUGGUUAUCUAUUAAAUAAAGUUUUAAACAGUCCACAUGCAGCUAUCAAUGUACCAGGUGGAGCAACAGCCGUUGGAAGUCGAACACAAACAUUUGAUGAGGCUGUUGCAGCAAAUCGUCCAUUUUCUGAAGCAGUUAAACGCCAUCUUCGUUCAACUUACUUACAUUUUGCUGGUGGACUAGCAAUGACUGGUACAUUUGCCUAUUACUUACACCGUACAGGUUGGGCAACCAGAAUUAUGACGAUGAAUAAAUGGACUUAUUUGGGAGUUAGUUUUGUUGGAACACUGGGCGCAUUGUUUGCUACACAAGCCAUUGAUGAUCGACAACAUCCAGUAUUGAAAUAUUCUGCAUGGACUGUUUUUAAUGGAGCUUUGGCAUUGUCGUUGUCACCAGUGUUUUUCAGUGCUCCAGCAUUAGUUAGUCGUGCUGCUUUGUAUACAGCCGGUAUUGUUGGCUCAAUCACUGCCGUCGGUAUGACAGCCAGACGUGAACAAUAUUUGUGGAUUGGUGCCCCGUUGAUGGCAGGCUUGGUUGUUGUUUGUUUAUCAUCAAUUGGUGCAGUAGCAUUACCCAUGAGAUUUGCAUCCAUUGCACAAAAUAUUUCAUUGUAUGGUGGUUUAGUAGUGUUUAGCGGUCUAGUUCUCUGGGAUACACAAAACAUUAUUAAACAUGCUGAAGAAGCUCAAAUGGGAAUGAGAAAAGAAUUGAGUCCGAUCAAUGAAAGUCUUGGGAUUUAUUUAGAUUCAAUUAAUUUGUUUGUAAGAAUAUUGGCAUUGAUGGAUAGAAAGAAAAAGUAAGAAUAUGAACAGAAUUUUUGGCGUGAUUUUAAUGUUAUUGUAAUUAUAUUUUUUUAUUGUAAAUAAUAAACAAGAUAGUCAAGCAAUAUGAAAUGCUAUGUAAAACUUUGUUAUCAGGAUUUAGCUAAAUAUUGCCCUAAAUUGGUGUGUAUAUUAACAAGACGAAAGGAGCGACAGUAGUGAUGAACAAGUUUUUCGAUUAAAUAAUAACCGAUUCACAAUGAUGCUUACGAGGAAACCUAUGGAGAUGAAGCGCUCCGAUUUCGUUCGUUCUUGCGUGGAUCGAUAGGGCAUGUGGAGUAGGUAAAAAGCCUAAGAGGGUUCGGGCGGAGACUUUUCCCUUGGAGAGUUAUGGGCAUUUUACGCAUUUUCUCACGUCAGCGGAAAACAGACAAAAUUAAAAAAAUCACAACUCUGUCCAGGAAAGUCGUAGAGGAUUGAAAGUUUUUUUGGUGGCGAGGAUAAAGGUUGUCUUCAUAUCCUGCAAGUUUCAGAGUUCUAUCACUUUCUCUCAUUCAGAGGCAGAACUUUCCAUAAAGGCAAGGAAACGCCAUGAGAACACUGCUUCGUCUGUCUUACACUUU